UACUGUGGUUAUUGCAGGUAGGUAACCGUAACCACAGUUUCUAACCAAGAAACAAAAUGGCAUCAUCCCAAUCCUCGUGAUUAUUUUUGUUUUCGCAUGUUAGUCGACCAAGAAAUAGUUCAUAUUUUAUAAGUUUAGUUCUAUAACUUUUUUCCCGACCAGAAUUAUGUUUUCCCUUCAUUCAUUGUCACGUUCACUUUUAUCCGGCCAUUUGUUUUUUAACAAAUUCCAUCAGAUCAGUGUAUCACAAUCUUUUGCAGUUAAUCGCGCCCUUAGUUUGAGUUUGACAGAUUUCUGUGAAAAAAUUGAACAUGAAAGCAAAAAUGGUGAUGAUGAGAUUCGAGAUCCUUCGAAGGACAGAACCAAGGUUAUUCCUGUAGAAACCAGUGUGAGAUACAUGAAUAGCAAAGCUUAUCAGAUGACUUAUGGUGAUGAACCAGUGUGGGUGAAAUAUCGCAGAAAUUUCAAAGGACAGUUUGCUCCCAAAGAAACAAGAAAAACUUGUAUUAGGAAAGGACAAAUUGCUACUGGUAACCCGUGCCCAAUCUGUCGUGAUGAGUACCUAGUUCCACAUGAGACAAACGUCAAAUUGCUACAACAAUUCAUUUCUCCUUACAACGGCAACAUCCUCAAGACAUCGAAAACUGGUGUAUGCCGUAAGCAGCACAUAAAGUUGGAGAUCGCUAUUGAACGCGCGAAAGAUCAAGGACUGAUCACAUUUGAUGUACCCUUCAGAACAUAUAACUAUUCGGAUUACAACAUCAAAGUGUAGAAAUUGUAUUUAGAAUGGAACAAGAAGCGUCGUUUGUGAUCAUCGGAGGAGGCAUAGCAGGUGUUUCAUGUGCUGAGGGAUUGCAGUGCUUGUGUCCUGAUGAGAAAACAAUUCUACUAACAGCUUCACCUGUUGUUAAAAGAGUCACCAAUGUAGUACCUUUGACAAAAAUGUUAGCCAAGUUUGACGUUAUUGAAACAAGUCCUGACAGUCUAUCAAAUGUUGAACAGGAAUCGUUAGUUGUGAUACAAGACCCGGUUGCUAGUAUCAAUUCUACAAAUCAUUUAGUCACUACUGUUUCUGGACGUGUUAUCCGUUAUAAGAAGUUGUGCGUUUGUACCGGUGGAGUUCCAAGGCUAAUUUCAAAAAAUCCACAUGUAAUUGGAAUCAGAGAUACAGAAUCAGUUGCUAGUUUUCAAAAAAGAGUAGCUAAUUCACAAAGAAUUGUUGUGGUAGGCAAUGGGGGGAUUGCUACUGAAAUAGUUUAUGAACUAACUGGUGUUGAAAUAGUUUGGGUUAUAAAAGAUAAUCAUAUAUCUGCCCCUUUUAUUGAUCCAGGGGCGGCCGAGUUUUUUCAGGAUUCAUUGAAACAGGGGAAACCAGAAACUGGAGAUAAAAAACCGAUCAAAAGAAAAGUUUAUACAAUUUCAGGAGAAGAAACAGUAUCUGGUGGAGCUGCGUUAGGUCCAGAUUGGCAUACAAAUUAUAAUCUACACGGUAAAUCUUCUUUUAAAUGUAAAGUCAUCAUAGAAUAUAACUGUGAGGUAAACGCUGUUUUGAAUCCUGCUGAAAUGGACGAUUGCUCUAAAACAGUAGAUGAACCUUUGUGGCCGGUUUAUGUUAGAUUGACAAAUGGUAAAAUAUAUGGAUGCGAUCUGAUCGUUUCAGCCACCGGUGUUGUUCCCAACAGUGACAUCAAAUUUACUGAUGAUAAGAAGUUUGACUUAGCUGAGGAUAAGGGCAUCAAAGUGAAUGAGCAAAUGGAGACAAACGUGAUUGAUAUAUUUGCUGCGGGCGAUGUUUGUACUCCGGUUUGGCAGCAAGCAACUCAUUGGUUUCAAAUGCGACUCUGGACACAAGCACAUCAGAUGGGCAGCUAUGUUGCAAAGACAAUGCAUGCCUCCCUUGUCAACCAACCAGUACUGCAGGAUUUCUGUUUCGAACUUUUCACUCAUGUUACAAACUUUUUUGGCUUUAAUGUUGUGCUACUGGGACUUUUUAACGCCCAAAAACUAGCUCGUAACUAUUCGUGUCUUCUACGUGUUACCUCUGGAGUAGAAUAUUUGAAAAUUGUCAUGAAAGAAGGACGCAUGCAGGGAGCUGUUCUGAUAGGCGAUACCGAUCUGGAAGAGAUGUGCGAAAAUUUAAUUUUGAAUCAGCUUGAUCUUACAAAUCUCGAAAAUGAACUUCUCAAUCCUGAUAUUGAUAUGGAUGAUUAUUUUGAUUAGUACUAUGAACUAUAAAUAGUAGCUACAGUAUGAAUUGUUUUGUUUUCUAUAAAAAUAUCUUUCCUUUCAAAUAAAUUUAAUAU